CCACGCAUCAAAACUAGGGUUUCAGUUUCAGCAUUCACCGUGUGUUCGUGCCGCCCCGUAGCUUAAACUGCAAACAUGGCUACCCAAAUGAGCAAAAAGCGAAAGUUCGUCGCUGACGGAGUUUUCUUCGCUGAAUUGAAUGAGGUUUUAACGAGAGAGCUUGCUGAAGAUGGCUAUGCCGGUGUUGAGGUUAGGGUUACUCCCAUGCGCACUGAAAUCAUCAUCAGAGCUACUCGUACCCAAGCUGUUCUCGGUGAGAAGGGAAGGAGGAUCAGAGAGCUUACCUCAGUAGUCCAGAAAAGGUUUAAGUUCCCUGAGAACAGUGUUGAGCUUUAUGCUGAGAAAGUUAACAACAGGGGACUCUGUGCCAUUGCCCAGGCCGAAUCUCUUCGUUACAAGCUUCUCGGCGGUCUUGCUGUUCGCAGAGCCUGCUAUGGUGUCUUGAGGUUUGUUAUGGAAAGUGGUGCUAAGGGUUGUGAGGUUAUUGUCAGUGGAAAAUUAAGGGCCCAGAGAGCUAAGUCCAUGAAGUUUAAGCAAAACUAUAUGAUUUCAUCUGGACAACCUGUUAAGGAUUACGUUGACUCUGCUGUUAGACAUGUUCUUCUUAGACAGGGUGUUCUUGGAAUUAAGGUGAAGAUUAUGCUUGACUGGGAUCCUAAAGGAAAGCAAGGUCCUAAAACUCCUCUACCUGAUAUUGUUACAAUUCACACUCCAAAGGAUGAGGAAGAGUACACCAGGCCUGCUGCUGUUGUUGCUCCUCUACCUGUCCCAAUCGCUGUUUAAGUUCUCAGCAAUUUA